AUGUUGGAAGUGGUUGCUUUGCAAAAGGAACAAGAGAAUAUGGAAGGAGAAACGAGUAAACAUCGUGGUGUUGUCCAAGGUCAUGCAUAUAUCGACAGAGGACGACUACAAGGGCACCAAAGACUCUAUGAUGAUUAUUUGGAAUGUGUGAUGAGGAAAGACUAUAUUAUACUCAACUUAGAAUGA